AUGUCCGCUGACUUCUGGGCCGGCUACGUAUCAGGAGCCGCCGGCAUAAUAAUCGGCAACCCUCUGGACAUAGUAAAAGUAAACCUCCAGCGAGGAGACCGAGGCCCACCUCUCGUCCCACCAGCCACAACAGCACCGAUCCUAACCCCAGCAACCACCACGACGACAACGACAACAAAAGCAGCAACCUCCCUCCACACCCUUCUCCGCGGUACUGCAGCCCCAAUCCUCGGCUAUGGUGCCCUGAACGCCCUGAUGUUCAUAACAUACAACCGCUGCAUGCUUUCCCUUUCUGAAGAUCCCUCAUCGCCUACUUCUCUCUCAAAAACCUUUGUCGCAGGUGCUCUAGGCGGUCUAGCUACUUUUCUGGUUUCUGCACCUACAGAGUUGAUAAAAUGCAGAGCCCAGGUUAGUAGCGUCGAAACCAGUUCCUGGGCAAUUGCGACCGAGUUGUGGAGGGAGAGGGGCUUGAGGGGUUUGUAUUGGGGUGGUGCUGUCACGAGUCUGAGGGAUAGUGUUGGUUAUGGCUUCUAUUUCUGGUCUUAUGAGCUAAGCAAAAGAGCCUUGAUAUCCGAGAGAUCCGGUACGGAUAAGCCAGAGUGGAUGACCAUCCUGCUCUGUGGUGGUAUCGCCGGUGUGGUGACUUGGGCCUCCGUGUUCCCCUUAGAUGUCAUAAAGACCAGGGUGCAAACUCAAGGCAUUUCAAGAUCACCAGCCAGCAUACUCUCGGGAGAGCAAUCUGAACUGCUUCCAUCUCAAAGCUCAGGAAGGUUGAGUACCAUACAGAUUACAAGACAGGCGUAUCGAGAGGAAGGUCUAUCCGUCUUCUUUCGCGGACUCGGUGUUUGCAGUUUCAGAGCCUUCUUUGUCAACGCUGUACAAUGGGCUGUGUAUGAAUGGAUGAUGCACAUCUUACUUUCCUCAAAGGCCGGAUUAACUACAAACAGUUUAGACCACACCACACUAUAG